AUGUUAGGCUCUUAUCGAUUACUUCUAUUGGUGAAACUUAUUCUCUUUGAAUUACUCGAACUAAAAUGUAUUGAAGAUAAUUCAUUUCGUCGUUAUCGUCGAUUGCAUUCUUCUAUUAGUAAUAAUAAUAAUUCAUCUGUUAGUUCAUUGAUCUUUAUUGUAUCUGUGUCAGUUAAUGAUCAUUUUGCUGUUAUUAAUUGCUCAACACCAGAACGUGUUCCACAUCAUAAACUUGAUUGGUAUUUUCAAACACAUACUUCUUUAAAGCCACCUCGUGUUAUUUGGCAACGUGGUCGUUCAAAUAUUCAUCGUUAUAUUGCUUAUUCACCUGAUCAAAUUCGUCAUUUUUUACAAAUUAAACCUAUUUAUUAUAACGAUAGUGGAACAUAUAUGUGUCUAGAUCAAACUACUGGGUUCUAUGCUGGAAUAGAUCUUAUUGUUCAUGACAAUCAUAACUGUGCACAAAGUAUUAUUAGUUUACAAACGACAACAUUUAUUUGUUGUAUCUUAUUUUCAUUAGUCUUACCACGAUAUUCUGCUAGUGAGAGUCAAGUAAAAUGA